GCUUCUGUUGAAUAACAAGAUAAAGGUGGUUGGCAGCGAAGCUUCACAGACACUCAAAAUGCGCCUUCUGCCGAUCGCAGGACUCGUCUUCCUCGCCGCGUUCUCCAGUGCUGGAGUUCUAAAAGUAACCUCAGGUUACUUUAGCAUAAAUGGCCAGAAAGUGUUCCUCUCUGGACCUAACAUCGCGUGGCAGUCGUACGGAUAUGAUUUUGGAAAUGGCAUGUAUGACGUGAACGGUGGAACUUUGGAAAGCCUUCUCCAGUCAGUCAGUGACAGCGGAGGAAAUGCUGUCCGCAUCUGGAUUCACGUCGAAGGCGACAACACUCCACAGUGGAAUUCCGAUGGGUUCGUCACUGGCCUGGAUAACACAGGCACUAUGAUCAAUGACCUAAAGCGCUUUUUGGAUGCGGCCCAAGCGCGCGAUAUAGUGGUGAUUCCUGUGCUGUGGAACGCGGCACUUAUGAGAAAUCAAAACGUCAUUAAUUUGGCCUGGGACGAUGCCAAACUGCAGUCAUACAUCGAUAAUGCUCUCAUUCCGAUGGUGUCCGGCUUGGCUGGCCACCCUGCGAUCGGCGCCUGGGAAGUAAUGAAUGAACCAGAAGGAUCCAUCAUCCCAGGCUCACACCCUGAUCCAUGUGCAGACACCUCGGCUCUCGCAGGUGACGGACCUGGCUGGUCAGGCGCUAAUAUCCCGAUGGAGAGAAUGCUGAGAUUUUUGAACUGGCAACUGGCGGCGAUUCGCGAUAGUGACCCUAGCGCUUUAAGGUCUGUCAGCACUUGGUCUGAACUUUCUGGCUCUGACACUCUAGGAAGGAAGAACUACUAUACUGAUGAGUGUCUUGAGAGGAUUGGAGGGAAACCAGGAGGAACUGUUGAUUUUUACCAAAUUCACACCUAUUCUCACAAUGGAGCCUUCAACCCCACUUCCCCUUUCAAGCACUCCGGAUCAGAAUUUGGAUUGAAUAAACCAUUGCUGAUUGGAGAGUUCUCGUCAAUCUGUGGUGAGAACUGGAGCAUGGCAGACUUGUUUGAUCACCUAUACUACAACGGAUACAACGGGGGUCUGACUUGGAUGUACUCUGCUGUGACUGACUGUGGAGAUUCCCAGCAGGUUCAGAAUGAUGGCUACCAGCACAUUAGGAACUACAAUGACCCUAACAAUGGAGGUCUUGUGGAAUUUGACUACUAAUAAAAUGAAAUAGCUCCGCAGUUAAA